CCCGCGUCUCGUCAGCGCCAGUAGGCAGUAGCGCUCCAUGCUGCGUACCCUCAGAACAUGUCUAUGGCCGCAAGGAAAGGGUUGGGAAACGUUGGCAAAACGACGACAUUGUUGCUGGGUUUGUUCUCUUCUCUGUAAAUAUAAGAUAUCAAUAUUUCGCGUCAGAGAAGAUGAUUAAUGUCAAGACAAACUCGUCUCAUAGAACGCCGAAGCUUCUCCGGUUAGCUUAGCUCGCUAGCUGCUAAGAAAGAGACAAAGCGGAAGUGAUCGACACGUCGCUAAGUGUGAGUGUAAAGUGUGAAAAUGUGCAAAGUAGAAAUGCUGAGAGUGUUGGUGAAGCAGCGACUAACUGCUGCUGUGGAAGAAAUAUUUGUAGUGUUAGAAAGAACGAUAGCAGAAUACGAGGAGGAACUUUCUAGAACAAAAGAGGAGAACGAGCGACAACGUCAACUACUGGACGCUCUUUUCAACAAACAUCAACAAGCAGACGUCGGCCAAGAGCAUCUUCUCCCUGAGCAGCAGGAAUGCAACUCCAGCGUGGAACAGGAGGAGCCACAGUCCCCCCACGUUAAAGAGGAAGAGGAGGAACACAGUAUCAGUCAGGUGGGAGAGCGUCUUGAAGGACCGGACGAGUUCCCAGUGAUGGGGGUCAUCGUGAAGAGUGAAGGCGAUGAGGUCAAAGGUGAAAGUGAGGAGCAGAGAGAGGCGGAGCCUCCAAGCAGCAGCUCAAAACACACGAGAACGCACAGGGGUGAGAAACCUUUCGCCUGCUCAGUGUGCGAUCAAAGUUUUUCUGUGAAAGCAAAUUUGAGGUCACACAUGAGAACUCACACCGGACAGACAUGA